AUGGGAGCAGAAUUCAUGACUGAAACCUACCAAAGUUCUUCGUGUGGUUACGGUGGCGCUUCAGAAUGGGCAAAAGACGAGAAAGAUACCGAGAAGGAAGAGGACGACGAUGAGAAGGCUGGUGUGGCCGUAUAUCCCUGGAUGACACGUGUUCACUCCACUAAUGGUCUUGAGAUAAUCAGUUCGUAUCAGUCGAUAUCUAACUGGAAUGUGAGGAAACGUUACGGUUGA